CACCGUUUCCGAGCACCCCCUGCGAAUAUAUAUACCCAACACAUAGUGACCCAGCGCGCCCCCUUCGCGCGGAAGCCCUAGGAUGUACAACCCAAACGUCAGAAUGAUUAGCCCCGAUCAUUCCCUCACGUUCACGAACUUAGCGUCGAAGACUUUCGAGCUCACGCAACACAAUGUGCCGACGUCUCCCGAUAUACGGAUGAUCCAGGACAUUAGUCAAGCCACUUUGACGCCCAAAAAUGGAGAAUCACUGAUGAUGUGGACAAAAGGGUGUUACUUUGGCAAGAGCGGGUUCGACGAUGUCAUGCUCUGCUGGCAAGAGCUGGAAGCCCUGACUUCUUUCUGUAUCGGCGUCGAGUCUCCCGAGCGCGGCUUUUUCAAGCCUAUUCAGUCUCACUGGAAAGUGAAGUACAACGACGGCAAUACGAUCAAGGAUUGGUUCUUCCCUUCCGAAAAUCCAUCAGAUCCGUACACAUUCCCGAGCACAAUGGAUGUUGAUAUUUCCAUUACGAGUCACUCGGUGAAGGACCAGUUAGAGCUCAAAAUCACGAUCAAGGACAAGGCACCAAGUGCUGAGCUCAAACCAUAGGAGUUUGCGAAACGGUUACG